CUUGUCCGACCCAGAAGACCUGUGGACCGGGCAGACCGAGUGGACGGGGGGGGGGGAGGACACACCGCCACACGGCCACACGUCAAAUAUUAUGUAUACCUGACUAUUCCAAUCGCACUCGGUGGCUUCCUCAAAUAUUUGGUCAUACCUGUCACAACGACAAAGUGACAGAUUCACGGACGCUCUCGCUGCAGAUUUCUGGACAUGACUCUGCAGGAUAAACUGACAACAGCCGCAGCGACGGGGAGCACGGCAGAUGUGGAGGAUCUGCUGCGGGCAGGAGCUCAAGUUAACGGGGAGAACUGUUUCGGACGAACCGCUCUCCAGGUGAUGAUGAUGGGCAGCACGCCGGUGGCUCGAGUGUUACUGAACCACGGAGCGGUUCCCAACGUGAGGGACCGGAGCACCGGCACCACGCCGCUGCAUGACGCGGCCAGGGCGGGCUUUGUGGACACCGUGCGGCUGCUGGUGACAUUCCGUGCUGACCCGCAGGCCAGAGACAAUACAAACCAUCAGCCCAUCGAUGUGGCCAGAGAGAAGGGCCACGUGGACGUGGUGGACUUUCUUCAGUGUCUGUGAAGUGGGCCGCCACUCCGCGGUAUUUAUGUUCUGAUCGGGACUCUGAAACGGGGCCUGAAGAGGCCUGCUGCCUCAAUGACGCACCGACGGUUCUGCUGUAACACAACUUAUUUAUUUGUCAGGUUAUUUGCUUAUAAGCGUCUUUAUUUAAUUUCGUAACGAAAUCUAGUCAAAUUGAUAGUCUCAGGGUCGCUGUUAUGAUAAAUAACUUUAUAGUCCACAAUAUUUUAAAGGCAGCGAUGUGGUGUAUUGCGUAUAGCGAGAUUAACAAACUAUGAUGCAUGUUGAUUUACUUUCCCCUGUGUCAUUCAAAUAGGGCAGGCCUAUAAGGAAUCCAACUUUUUAUAAUGCAGUUUUACCAUGUUGUUCAAUCAUUUAUAUUACACAAAUAGGAGUCGUAAUAGUAUUUAGAAUAUAUUUCCAUGUCAAAUAUUUAACCAAAGCCAUUCGAAAUGAUACUGUUCUGUAAAAAUAUAUUUAUUCUGCAGAAAGUCUCACUUCCUGCCUGUACAAAUGAUAUUCAGAACUCGUUUAUUAUGCACUUUAAUAAAAUGUAAGAUUUAGUAUUUUAAGAAGCAGGACUAAGAUAUUUUGCAUUUUUUUCUAAAGGACAUCAUUAUUUGACUUUAGGCUACAUUAUAUAGAAGUUGGUUGACUUAAUGUACCAAAGUAAAUAUUUGUGUUAACUAGAUAUUUAGAAAUUGCUUUUCUAUAUGGAUAUAGGUUGGGUUGCAAUUAUGAGUCAAUAGCCACACUUUCAUUGCAAAGGAGAACACGAAGGGGGAGACACAAUAUUAUUUAAACACAAACACGACUCAUUAAACUAUUCAAUGCUUCUCUGUUUCUGCGAGUUAAACAUGAGCUCGGUUUAGUUGAACCUAUAGUUGUUAUGGCUUCAUGAACCCAAAGGGAGGUUUGGCAAUAACUCUGUAAAGUCCCCAAAACCAUGAUGGGCAUAACUAACGCUGUUGUCUACAGAUAAAUGCUCAUGCAGGUCUAGUCUGCCUGAGGCCCGGUAUUUUAACUUUGCCAUGGAGUACUUAUCUUUUAUAUAUCGACAAUGAAUCCUGUUCACCGAACGUCAACACGCUGUUUUAUGGUUGAUUAUUCAAAUCAUUGGCCAAAUUGCAUCAUGACCAAAAUCUCAAAUCUGAACUCUGUUCAGGGGACAUUUAUGAACCGUCUUUAUUAUCCUGUCUUUCUUUUCUAAUUAUUAUUCUUUUGCACACUUGUUUUAGCAUUUUUUAUGAAUCUAUGAUUUUUUUUUAAAUAAACUGAAAAUGAAAAGGAAAAGAUUCAUUUGAAUCAGUUGAAGUUG